AUGGAUACCAACUUGAUUUCAGCGUUGGAGAUGCAACCUUGUGACCACGAUUUGGCUCUAAAACUACAAGCUGAGGACGUGAUCAAAGCUUCUCGACAAGCACACACAUCCUCUCCUCCCGAAUUUACUCGAGAAGAUUUGGAAGUUGUAUUUGGUCUUGGAGUUGACUCUGUCGACGACUACUACUGCACAGAUAUCCUCCUCAAGGAUCUCGAUGAAGAGAUGAAAACUUUGUCGUUAUUACAAAAGGAGGGUGGUAGCAGAAUCCUCAACCGCAAAUACAGCUCCGAGGAUACUCUACUGUGGGAGGUGAAGAAAGUCCUGAGAGUUGAAGAAGAUUUUACAACUCGGGAAGUUGCUGAGUUGAUAGCUUUGAUCGAAGGUUUGAAAUCGGCGCUUGAUUUUGGUUUGCGAAAUAUCACAUUCUAUUGUGAUAACGACGAGGUCCUUGGCUACGUGAAGGGUAAGUUUGAAGAAUCAAACCAUUCCACUGUCGCAUCGCUCGUCAAGGAAGUGGCUCUUCUUAAGAGCAGGUUCUCCUCUUUCGAAGCACUUCCUGUACACAUGGACAUCUCCUUUGUCGUCCAGCUUGGGAGAGCUGGUAUUGCUUCCCAAAUCAAAUGGCGUGAAGGCGACAUCUUCAAGGAAACUUGUACAUUGUGUUGUGAUGAUGUUCCAUCUGAUGAGCAGUUCGAGGUACCAUCUUGUUUCCACCGCUUUUGCGUGUCAUGCGUGAAUGGUGCCGUCAAAUGGGCACUGCAUUUGAGGAAUCCAGUAAAAUGUCCUCGCUCUGGCUGCGAAUCAGUAAUUACUAGGAGGAGUUGUGCAACUAUUUUGGAACCCCAAUUGCUUGAGGUCAUGAUGAUUCGUGUCACGAUCAAAGAGGCACAAUAA